GCACAAAGUCCGGUCUCAACGCACGCUGAGGGGAAGCGGCAGCAGGUUCUGGUGCGGCCCGAGUUCUGGGCUUUUCCCGGAGUGUAGUGAGCAGCGCGGGGACCCGGUUCGGGACCCUCACACACAUAUUUCAGAAUGCCAGGUCUAAGUUGUAGAUUCUACCAGCACAAAUUUCCUGAAGUAGAAGAUGUAGUAAUGGUGAAUGUACGGUCCAUUGCUGAAAUGGGAGCAUAUGUCAGCCUAUUGGAAUACAACAAUAUUGAAGGCAUGAUUCUUCUUAGUGAGCUGUCUAGAAGACGUAUCCGCUCCAUUAACAAACUCAUCCGAAUUGGCAGAAAUGAAUGUGUGGUUGUCAUUAGAGUGGACAAAGAAAAAGGAUAUAUCGAUUUGUCAAAAAGAAGAGUUUCUCCAGAAGAAGCAAUCAAAUGUGAAGACAAAUUCACCAAAUCCAAAACUGUUUAUAGCAUCCUUCGCCAUGUUGCUGAAGUGUUAGAGUACAGUAAGGAUGAGCAGCUGGAGAGCCUGUUCCAGAGAACUGCCUGGGUCUUUGAUGACAAGUACAAAAGACCAGGAUAUGGUGCCUAUGAUGCAUUUAAACAUGCAGUCUCAGACCCUUCAAUCCUGGAUGGACUGGAUUUGAAUGAAGAUGAACGACGAGUGCUGAUCGAUAACAUAAAUAGGCGCUUGACACCACAAGCUGUCAAAAUCCGAGCUGAUAUUGAAGUGGCUUGUUAUGGUUAUGAGGGGAUUGAUGCUGUAAAAGAAGCUCUGAGAGCAGGUUUGAAUUGUUCCACAGAAAACAUGCCCAUCAAGAUUAACCUGAUAGCACCUCCUCGAUAUGUGAUGACUACUACAACCCUAGAGAGAACAGAAGGCCUGUCUGUCCUCAAUCAGGCUAUGGCUGUCAUCAAAGAAAAGAUUGAGGAGAAGAGAGGUGUCUUCAAUGUUCAAAUGGAGCCCAAAGUGGUCACUGACACAGAUGAAACUGAGCUUGCAAGACAGCUGGAGAGGCUUGAGAGGGAAAAUGCUGAGGUGGACGGAGAUGAUGAUGCUGAAGAAAUGGAGGCCAAAGCCGAAGAUUAACUUUUGGGAAAAGGUGUCCAACUGGAGGAACACAGACCAGCUCUUCCUGGCUUAGACACCCUAGACUUGAAAGUUUUCCAGUAUUGAAAACUUCAGAGCUGAAUAUUUUGUAUUUCAAAGUAUUUAAAUGUUUCAACAGACCAGCAUGUGAAAUGCCCUCCCAAAUUCUGGCUACCUUCACACAUUGAUCUCUUUUAAAGGGAGUGGCCUAAUUUCACUAGAGACUAGAACCUCACAAGCUGAGAUCAUCCACACAAUCGAUCUGAGGUUUUCCAUCUCUACUUCUGAUUGGCAGCCCCUCCCAUUUAGUGCCUCUUUGAGAUUUACCAGGAACACCAAAAGCAAACAGUCCCAAUCUUUCUACAUUCAUUGUACUCAAGCAGAACAUUCAAUAAAUUUCUGGGAUAUUUAACUAGCUUUCUUCCUUCUUCACUCCUAUUGAAAGCAUUCCCCAUCAAAGUAUGAUGGGAAUAACAAGAGUCCAAAAUUAGGAAUACCUGGGUAGGCGAGCAACUGGCUUUUGGAUCAUGCUUCAAGGAGGAAAAAAAAGGAUUAAAUCCUUGGAUUAGAAAAGUUUUUGUCUGCUAGAAAAGGAAAACACUGCAAAAUCCUUUCAAGAAAAAAGGAAAAGCAGAAAUGGGUAGUAACCUCCGCAAUAAGAGAUUGUUGCAGUUUGAUUGCUAGACGUGAAAAGGCUUAGCCAUUUGAGACCCUUAGGAUGAUGGUUCUUAAAAUGCAACUAAGUAAUUGUACUAUACCUCUUAACUGCCUAAAAAUAAUGAUAAUAAGUGGUGUGAUUUAUCAUCAUCCAGGCUCUGUAUUACUUCACUUGAUAUUUGCCUUUAAGUUAUAGUUGAUAUUAGUAGAAUGUGAAAGGAUACUGUUCCUUUAAAAUAUUUUUUACUGGAGCUUUGAAAGAAUGUUAGAAUUCAUCCUUUCCAAUAUUUAAAAUGUGGAAUUGAGGUGUUUUUUUCAACAGGGAAAAAGGAUUAGGGAGGUGCCGCCAAGGGAUUCAACUCUCCACAAGGAAGAGUAAUUUAUACAUUACAAAUUUGGCUGAUGGUGUAUUUCUCAUGUGUUUUUUUCUUUGGGGUCAAGCUAAUUGAAAUUAAUAUCAGGAAUUUGGACCAUAAUUUGAUUGCAUUUUACCUACUUUUAAAGGUAGGUAGGAAUAUCCAGGGAUAAGUGGCAUUGUCACUUUCUAGCAUAGUUAUUGUGGAUAUUUGUAUUAUCCCUUUGAUUAUAGAUUGAGUUUCUAUUAUCAGACCGUUGGGGUAUGUAGACCUUAUAGGAGGUAACUAUUGAAGAAUGUGCAUAAGAUUCAUCCAAGUCAACCUCAUUAUUGUGAUUCAAUUAAAUAAAUAUGUACUGAGUGCCUAAUAAAAAGGCACUUUUCUGGUGCUGUUUCAAA